AUGGCGACUAUCGAGAGAAAGACAGCUGACUCUUUUUUGCUGUUCUCUGGCGCCAAUGUGUUUAUUAAGGUAAAUUGUAGCAAUGCAGCAGCAGGAAGCAGCAGCAGCAGCAGCAGCAGGAGCAGCAGCAGCAGUAGCGGCGGCAGUGCUAGCUGUAGCAGCAGCGGCAGCGGCGGCAGUAGAGGCACAGGUGCAGCCACAGGAACAGCAAUAGCAGCAGCAGCAGCUGGAGGUGGUGGCGGCAAAGACAUCCUGUUGAAGCAGCAGCAUAGCAGGAGCAGCAGCAGGAGCAGCAGCAGCAGCAGGACUGCGUGCAGUGCUGCAGAAUUCUUAAAUGCAUUUUUCGGGUCCAGUGGACCAUUGGUUCAAAACCAUCAGCAGCAGAAUGGCCAAGACCUGAAGCUCUGCUCAAGCAGGGCCUGUCAAGGCCAGCAGCAGCAGCAGCAGCAGCAGUAUAGCUGCAGCAGCAGUAGCAGCAGCAGCAGCAGCAGCAAAACCGCUGCCGCUGCCUGCAAGUCUUUUGAUCACAAGAGACGCUUUCAGUCGAAGCAGCAAAAUGCAACAGGACUUUCGGCUCGCUGUCCAGGGAGGGACGCAACAGCAGCUACUGCAGUUGAUGCUGCUGCUGCUGCUGCUGCAGCAGCUGCUGCUGCAGCAGCAGGAGCAAACGCAGCAGCUGCCACAGCAGCAGCUGCGGCGGCAUCUGUCCCGGGAGCUGAUGCGGCAGCCCUGGCGGCAGACGCUGCGUUUGCUGCUGCUGCAGCAGUUGCUGCAGCAGUUGCCGCAGCAGUUGCUGCUGCUGCUGCAGCAGCAGCAGCAGCAGGAUGGCGAGGGAGUUGGAGUUGA